CAGCCAGUAGUUGGCGGGCCUCGCGCGCUGCGCAUCCAGGCCCCGGGGCGGCCGCGGCUAUGGACGACGAGGAGGCCGCGCUGCCCGGCUGCGAGCUGUACGUGCGGCGCCACGGGCUGCAGCAGGUGCUCCGCGAGUGCGUGGUCUUGCUGUGCGUGGACAGGCCCGAGCGGCCGCUGCGCUUCCUGCGCGAGCACUUCGAGCGCUUGGAGAAGGAGGAGACCAGGCAGAUCCUGGCCCAGCAGAAGUCAGCCUCCCAGUCGGACCCCCACGAUGAAGAUGUGUCCCCUACACCACACAACCCUGCGGUGAAAGUGCGGCACCGGCGGGGGGGAGUGAGCGCUGAGGUGUACACGGAAGAGGAUGCCGUGUCCUACGUGCGCAAGGUCAUCCCCAAGGACUACAAGACCAUGACUGCACUGGCCAAGGCCAUCUCCAGGAACGUGCUGUUUGCCCACCUGGACGACAAUGAAAGGAGUGACAUCUUUGACGCUAUGUUCCCUGUGAUGCACAUCGCGGGAGAGACUGUCAUCCAGCAAGGGGACGAGGGGGACAACUUCUACGUUAUCGACCAGGGAGAAGUGGAUGUGUAUGUGAAUGGGGAGUGGGUGACCAGCAUCAGCGAGGGUGGUGGCUUCGGGGAGCUGGCGCUCAUCUACGGCACCCCCAGAGCGGCUACCGUGAAGGCCAAGACGGACCUCAAGCUCUGGGGCAUUGACCGCGACAGCUACCGCCGCAUCCUUAUGGGAAGCACCCUGAGGAAACGGAAGAUGUACGAAGAGUUCCUGAGCAAGGUCUCCAUCUUGGUGUCCCUGGAGAAGUGGGAGCGGCUGACAGUGGCUGAUGCCCUGGAACCUGUCCAGUUUGAAGAUGGGGAGAAGAUCGUGGUUCAGGGGGAGCCAGGGGACGACUUCUUCAUCAUCACGGAGGGCACGGCCUCUGUCCUCCAGCGAAGGUCCCCCCAUGAGGAGUACGUGGAGGUGGGGCGCCUGGGGCCCUCUGACUACUUCGGGGAGAUUGCCCUCUUGCUGAACCGUCCCCGCGCGGCCACGGUGGUGGCCAGAGGCCCCCUGCGCUGUGUGAAGCUAGACCGGCCACGCUUCGAGCGUGUCCUGGGGCCCUGCUCUGAGAUCCUGAAGAGAAACAUCCAGCGCUACAACAGUUUCAUCUCACUCACCGUGUGAGGGGGUGAGCCCCCCGCAACCCCCACAGCUCCAUCUCGCUCACAGUGUGACCCUGACAGUGCCUGCUGUCUGCAAAGACUUUGGGGGGGACUCCCCAGCCUGCUCUGAUGCAAUGCAACCCCCCUUCCUGAGACUCUGGAAGGCCCCCAUCCGGCUACCCCUCUCCCUGUUCCUCAGGCUGCAUGUCCCCCUGCACUGGUGUCCCCAGGGCUGUCCAGAGUGUCCCCAGGGCUGGCUGUCUAGGAGCAUCCCCACAGUGAGGUCCUGCAGUGCCUCUGGCUUUGCCUGGGGUCUCCCAUACCCCCCCCCACUUGCAUGUGCUGUUAUGAGUGCUGUGACACUUUCUACUGUGACAAAUACAUGUGCUGCGUAGCUGA